AUGUCCUUCGCCAUGCUGCGCUCGGCGCCGCCCGGCCGCUACCUGUACCCCGAGGUGAGCCCGCUGUCGGAGGACGAGGACCGCGGCAGCGAGAGUUCGGGCUCCGACGAGAAGCCCUGCCGCGUGCACGCAGCGCGCUGCGGCCUCCAGGGCACCCGGAGGCGGGCCGGGGGCAGGCGGGCGGGGGGCGGCGCCCCGGGGCCCGGUGGGCGGCCGGGCCGAGAGCCCCGGCAGCGGCACACAGCGAACGCGCGCGAGCGGGACCGCACCAAUAGCGUGAACACGGCCUUCACGGCGCUGCGCACGCUCAUCCCCACGGAGCCGGCCGACCGCAAGCUCUCCAAGAUCGAGACGCUGCGCCUGGCCUCCAGCUACAUCUCGCACCUGGGCAACGUGCUGCUGGUGGGCGAGGCCUGCGGCGACGGGCAGCCGUGCCACUCGGGGCCUGCCUUCUUCCACGCGGCGCGCCCGGGCAGUCCCCCGCCGCCGCCCCCACCGCCCCCCACCCGCGACGGCGAGAACGCCCAGCCCAAACAGAUCUGUACCUUCUGCCUCAGCAACCAGAGAAAGUUGAGCAAGGACCGAGACAGAAAGACCACGAUUCGGAGUUAGAGGCGGACGCCGCUGGGCUAUCCACAGAGAGCCCCCGUGGACCUGACUCGGGCACAGGCCUCCUGUGGACGCCCAGCAAGCCAGCCCUGCCUCCGGCUACAGUGGGGCCGAUGGACAGACAAGUGUGCAGGACUCUGCACUGGCCCAACGGGCCCAGGCCCACCGGAACCUUCUGUGCUGGCUUCCUACCUGGGUUUUCUUCUGGUCACUGCGUGCUGGCAUCUUGUGUCUUUGAUAUGAUAAUAUAAAGUCUGGAAACUUUGUAUAAUUAAAAACAAAACAGUA